GUAGAGGAAAGAGAGUAGAAAGAUGGAGACUUUUAUGUCUUCAUAGAAACGAGUGAUGUGCGCAAAGAAAGAAGAAGAAGUAGAAAGUUCCUCCGGAGCCAUGAACAACAUACAAAAUUACCAAAAUGACCUCUUCUUCCACCAACUCAUCUCCCAUCAUCACCAUCAUCACCAAGAUCCCUCACAAUCCGAAACUUUCGGAGCUCCGAGUAACAACGUCGGAUCCGGAUUCACUAUCUUCUCCCAAGACUCCGUCUCUCCAAUAUGGCCUACUUCGAUCCAACCACAGUUCGAUACGUUUCCUCCUACUUCUUCUCCAGCAUCUUUCUACGGGAGUUUUUUCAACAGAAGCCGAGCUCAUCAUCAGGGAUUACAGUUCGGAUACGAGGGUUUUGGUGGAGCCACGUCAGCAUCGCAUCAUCAUCAUGAACAGCUUCGGAUCUUGUCGGAGGCUUUAGGUCCGGUAGUGCAAGCCGGGUCGGGUCCUUUUGGGUUACAAGCUGAGUUAGGGAAGAUGACAGCACAAGAGAUCAUGGAUGCUAAAGCUUUGGCUGCUUCAAAGAGUCACAGUGAAGCUGAGAGAAGAAGAAGAGAAAGAAUCAACAAUCAUCUCGCUAAGCUCCGUAGCAUAUUACCAAACACCACCAAAACUGAUAAAGCGUCGUUACUAGCUGAAGUGAUUCAACACGUGAAAGAGUUAAAGAGAGAAACUUCUGUGAUCUCGGAGACAAAUUUAGUUCCAACUGAGAGCGACGAGUUAACGGUAGCUUUCUCGGAGGAAGAAGAAACCGGAGAUGGCAGAUUCGUGAUUAAAGCCACGCUUUGUUGCGAAGACAGGUCGGAUCUAUUGCCGGACAUGAUCAAAACGUUGAAAGCGAUGCGUCUCAAAACGCUCAAGGCCGAGAUAACUACAGUCGGAGGACGCGUCAAGAACGUGCUGUUUAUCACCGGAGAAGAGAGCUCCGGCGAGGAGGAGAUGGAAGAGUAUUGUAUAGGGACGAUAGAGGAAGCUUUGAAGGCGGUUAUGGAGAAGAGCAAUGUGGAGGAAUCGUCUCCUUCUGGGAAUGCUAAGAGACAGAGAAUGACUAGUCACAAUACUAUCACCAUCGUCGAACAACAACAACAACAUCACAGGUAAUCGGUUUUACAAAUCGCGUAUUUUUUUCAUUUUCGGUGUAUCUAAGUGUGUUCUUGAUGGUCAUGAAGAUGAAAUGUUGUACGUCACGUUAUACUAUAGAUUAUGUGUGUUUGUGUGUGUAUGUAUAACGGAGAUAUUUGUAUCCGUUGGGGCUUGGUUUGGUUCUAAGUACUUUAUUUUUGCUUGUUUUUGUUGAGUUGGUUGUAUCAUCUUUUUUUUUUAUAGAUAUAUGUAUGGCCAA